AUGUCCGCUGAACCCAACUCCAAGUUCGCGCCUGCGCCCAAGACGCAGACCAAUGUGCGCGAGAUGAGCUUCAAGCAGCAAUUAGACCAGGCGGCGCACGAUGCUCGGGAACCCGAUGAGCCGCCCAAACAGAAUCCUAUUAUUGAAAAAGUGACACAGUACAUUCCAGCCGCCGCCAAGAUCCUCGGCAAUCCGCAGGAGGAGAAGGAGGAGAAGAAGGAGAAGAUUUCCCGUCCGGGAAUACCUGGCCCUCCGGAACGGCCUUACGACGACGCCCAGGUCGAGGAAUUCAUCCGGCAGCAGCAUCGUAGCAAGGGAGAAGACGGUUUGUUGGAAUGA